GGUUAAUACGCCUUGACUGAUCUGGAGUCAGUCUAUAUACAGAAUUUAAGCAAUUUAGUUUUAUCUCCAUCGACUUUCGGUUUCAAUACGCCAGAAAUGAACAGCGCAGGGUCUUCUUGGUUUCCCAGAUUCUCGUUUACAUGGGGGUCCACAAAGGAAAAGAAGGGAAGAGAUCUUCGACAACAAAUCCAUGCAAUCUCUCAGUCUAAUGUCCUAGAUGAGGCAAACAUUGAUGAUGCUCAAAUCCUUACUUUGACAAGAGAGGAUCUGAAUGAGCUUUUUCCAGGUAUUGGGAACUUUCAGCUCAGAAGGACGAUUAUGAUGCUUAUCACAGAAGCAGUGAAGGAUUCACUUCAACCUGGCCCGGAAACAUUUGGCAGAGCGCUGAAGCAUUUAAUGCAAAACAACAAAAGCAGUGAUGCCGCUGCACAUGAUGUUUUGAAGGAGUCACUUCGAGCUUUUCAAGAAGUGGAGAAUCAGCUCAAAGCAGCACAGGCAGUUUUAAAACCAUACAUUGAGGUAUUGAACAGUCUCAUUGAGGUAUCAGCUAGAAAAGAGGACAAGGAUGCUGAGGGAUCACCAAGCAGGAGAAAACUCCCAAACUCAUUCCAAACAGAUAUGCACUCUCCAACCAUGCCGACUCCUCCUGAGCCUAAAGUCAGAGUGCAUCUGCUUGUGUGUGGUCGAACCUUGGAAGCUCACAAGCAAAUUUUUGGACAGCUCAGGGGAGUUCAAGAGAGUCAUAUGUCUGACUGUCAGUUGAUACUGGCCUUCUGUCCUGUGGUGUCACGAGCCGGAACUGACAUUGAAGAGGCACUAAGGAAAAUUCCAGCUAAUAAACCAGCAGUCCUGGUGACGAUGCACCAUACCUUCAAUGCUAACUUCCCGUGUCCCAGCUUCAAUCCUGCAUCUUCUCAAGGGAACCUUGUGGAACAUGUUAAUGUGCUCUUCCAUGACACACAUAACGGUGUUUUUAGUUGUCCAACAAAUGACGAAGCAUUUAACAAACUUCAGUCUGUCAUAAACCGCUACAAGUUCUUUCCUCAAACUGUCAAUCGUUGAAAAUUAUGAUUCAAUAUAUGCACUCAUGGUAUAUGGUUAUAUGAAUGAAAAAACAAAAACAAAAAAACAAGCCUACUAACAUUCA